AACAUCACAUCCUCUGUUUCACCAUUAGAUGCCAUUAAAACUCUCUUCAUCAAACGUUCCUUCUUCCGGACCAAUAUACCCCUUCAAAUUCAAACCUUCUAACAAUGCCGGACCAACAUGUCCUCUCAAUUCAAAUUUCCCCAACAGUCACCUACUUUCGCAGAUUACACUCUUCAGACCAAAACGUCACUUCCCUCCAAUCGUCAGAUCGUACGUUUCAAACGCACGCGUGAAACCACGCGUCCACUCACCCUUUAACACACCCUUUCAACUUCACCCUUUCAACCUCAUUUCUUCUCUAUAUAAAUCCUCCUACUUUCACUUUACCCUCACUCAUUUCUUCUCUUCACCAAAUACCAAAGUUCUAACAUUGCUAAUUCCUUGCAUUGAGUACUCCGGCCUUGCCUUCGAGAGCUUCCGUUCCAAAAUUUACUCCGAUCAGACUUCUCUAAGACAGAAUGACGCGCCUUUCCGAUGAAGAACUCCUCCGAUUUCGCCGUGAACAACAAGCGGCGAGGGAAAAAAGAAACGCGUCCAAAACUCUUACGGAAGGAGAUGCUAGUCAUUCAGAAACUGAAUCGAACCGCCCACAGAAGAAGAAAAGAAAAGUUCCCACUCCUGAGUCCAACAAAGGUAAGAGCACUAGCCAACCUUCCAUGGAAAAAUUUGUGAAGAAAAACAACCCUCCUCCUGCUGGCAAUAAAGGCGGAUCUUCCAGUGCUCCGCCCCCUUCCUGGAAGAAUUUGCUCAAGGAUUUUGAAGAAUUGACCUCUGAAGAGGUCACAUCAUUAUGGGAUUCCCAGAUUGACUUCAAUACACUCGUGGAAACCAACUUAGUCUUUGAGGCGGACCGCGACAAAAUCAGGAAGAUCGGGCUUACUGAGGCUUGUCAAGCCCUGAUAACCAAAGGUUUGGAAAUUGCUGCUAUUUCCAAGAUGAUUGACUUGGAAUCUGCUGGAUUUGACGGAAUUUCUUCCGCCCAACAACUCGAAGAGAAGGAAAAAGAAAUUGCUAAACUGAAGGCCACCAUGAAGUUGCUGGACAAUGCUAACAAGGUCAACGAGAAAAAGGUGCUGGACUUAACAUCUGAAAGUGUGAAUUUAAAGAAGAAGAUUGAAGAAAUGAACACUGCCGCGCAGUCCAAGGAUGAGGAAAUCAAAAAGUAUCAAGCGGAAAUUGCAGAAUUGACUUCCGCUAAUGCUGAAUUGAAGGAUGAAAACUCAAAGUUACACUUUGAGAAUUCUGAACUUAAAAAUUCUGUUCUUGACCAAUUUGAAGCCGGAUUUGCUAAGGCUAAAGAACAAAUUCUUUUCCUGAAUCCCACCAUACCUAUCAAUCUUGCCGGUUCCGAUCCUUAUGCGAGGGUUGUUGAUGGCAAAUUGAUCAGCCCAGACAACGAUGAAGAGGAAGAAGAAGAAGAAGAUAAUGGAAAUGGGGAAGAAAAGAAUGAAGAUACCAACCCCCCAAGGAAAGAAGGCGAAGGCGAAACAGCUUAGAUUAAAUUUUAAGUAUUUUAAGUAUUUUAGUAUCUCCGUGUCCUAGUAUUUAAGUUUUUCUAAGUUUUUCUACUAUGUUCUUGUAUUUUCCAUUUAGUGUUUUAUGUUGAAAAUCACAACCAUCUAUGUCAUACUCCGCUUGCUGAUUAAUGAAGAAUGUUC